UUAUAGUUUGUUUAUAUCACACAACACGGUUUUUAUUUGUUUAAACAAAUAAUAAUAAAGAAAUAGAAAAAAGUAAUGGUAUUAAAUUACAAGUGAUAAGUUUAUACAGUUUUCUUUGGGCUUUUAAAUGAUACUAAUAAUUUUGUAACGCAAUGCAAUCGACUGAUACUGGUGGUGAAUUGAGACAACAGCAUAACACAUCAUCAAACGCGACGACGAAUUCCGCCAAGACGGGCAUUAACGAAACGACAACAUCCUUCACCACUACCAAUACACCGAACUCAACAGCACUCAACAACGAUACACCUAGUAAGAAUCCCUUCAAACAGCAACUAAGUCAACGACAGCAGCAGCAACAGCAGCCAAAUAAUCAAAAUGGCCACUCGGAUGCGGCCCACAAUGCCGAACGUGGCAGUAACUUUGGUGGCAUAUUGGGUGUGGGUGCUGCAACAACACCCUCUAAUAAUGAUCACAAAAUGACCUCGCCCUCGGGUAAUGGCAGCGGUCAAGCUGGAGCGGCUGGUGGUGGCAGUGGACCACCUAUACCACCACCAGAUCAUAGUCGUCAAGAAGAUUAUAGAGCUGCCGGGUCCUGGGCCGCCUUUAAGAAUUGGAUGAUCGGAUGGCGUGGUUCCAGACGUUUGGUAUUGGUAAUUGUGGCCAUUGCUUUGCUUUUGGAUAAUAUGUUAUUGACUACAGUCGUUCCUAUUAUACCCGAGUUCCUUUAUGAUAUACGCCACCCAGACGCACCAUUGGAUAGUUUUCCUCGCACCCCUUUAACCAUACACACACCACCGCCACCCACCCAAUGUCCCUGCCUUAAAGAUGGUGAAGCCAUACCCACUUACGAUGUAUCAACACUUAGUCCAGAGGAAAAUGAAACAUUUUAUCGUGAACUGGAGGAAAGACAUCAGGAAUUGGUGGGAGAAACGGUAGAAGUAGGUCUAUUGUUUGCCUCUAAGGCGUUUGUGCAGUUAUUGGUUAAUCCAAUUGUCGGGCCAUUAACACACAGAAUUGGUUAUAGUAUUCCCAUGUUUGCCGGUUUCGUUAUUAUGUUUGUAUCCACAAUAAUCUUUGCUUUUGGACGCUCAUAUUUGGUGCUGUUUAUCGCUCGUGCUUUACAAGGUAUUGGUUCGUCUUGCAGUUCUGUCUCUGGCAUGGGUAUGUUAGCCGAUCGUUAUACGGAUGAUAAAGAACGUGGCAAUGCUAUGGGUAUAGCAUUGGGUGGUUUAGCUCUGGGUGUUUUAAUUGGUCCACCAUUUGGUGGUAUAAUGUAUGAGUUUAUAGGCAAAUCGGCACCAUUUCUAGUACUUUCCGUAUUGGCUUUGGGUGAUGGUCUGCUGCAAUUGUUUAUGCUGCAACCUUCGAUACAGAAAGCAGAAACAGAACCACCCACUUUAAAGGCCUUAAUAUCGGAUCCUUAUAUAUUGAUUGCAGCUGGUUCUAUUACUUUUGCCAAUAUGGGUAUUGCUAUGCUGGAACCUUCAUUACCCUUAUGGAUGGUUGAUAACAUGGGCUCUAGCCGCUGGGAACAGGGUGUAGCUUUUCUACCGGCCUCUAUAAGUUAUUUGGUAGGUACCAAUCUGUUUGGUCCUCUGGGCCAUAAGAUUGGCAGAUGGUUUGCCGCCUGUUUAGGUUUAGUAAUAAUAGGAGGUUGUUUGAUAAUGAUUCCCAUGGCUACUUCCAUUACCCAUUUGAUUAUACCCAAUGCUGGUCUUGGCUUUGCCAUUGGUAUGGUUGAUUCUUCUAUGAUGCCCGAAUUAGGUUAUUUAGUGGAUAUACGUCAUUCGGCUGUUUAUGGUAGUGUUUAUGCUCUCGGUGAUGUGGCUUUCUGUAUGGGUUUUGCCGUAGGUCCCGCCCUAAGUGGUACUCUGGUAAAAACUAUUGGUUUUGAAUGGAUGUUAUUCGGUAUUGCUAUAUUGUGUUUCCUGUAUGCUCCGCUGCUAACACUGCUCAAGAAUCCUCCAACUCGAGAAGAAAAGAAGGUUGGUAGUGUUGAUGAUGUAACGGCUGUACAAGCAACCAGUCCUGCCAUUUUACAAGAUGGCCUUGUAAAUACUGCUUAUGAAAGUGAAAGGCUUUAAGAUUUUUUUAUAAUUUUGUA